AUGGCUCCCACCGACGACGAGAAAACACCCGCACCUGCGGCAGGCGCUUUUGUCUUUCGCCAACACAUGCCAGUGGACGCACGUCCUCUUUCUCCGAUGGAUCACAUGUACUUUGACAAUGCCUUUGCCCCUUUGAACUGCAUUGUCCAGUUUGAGUCAUGGUGGUUCAACAACGAUGCCAAGAUUGGGGAUGCCUUUCAACGCGUGCUUCAAACGUCGCCCAUUUUGCAAACGACCGUCCACGGUGAAGGCGAGAACGCCUGUUUCAAAACAAUGCCAGAAGAUGAUCCAACGUUGCCUCGAGUUCAAAUCCAUGACGUUGACACCGCCCAGAAGGUCUUGUCGUAUGCUCGCCAGGUCCGUCAGGAAGAACAGGACCGGCUGAGCAAAGGCGGCAUGGAAGCGCGUCGCAAGUCGCUCCGAUUUGCUCUGUUUGUCAUCAAGUUUAUCGCCUACACAUUGGUUCCCCAGUUUCUUUGGUUCUUGGUGGACCGCAAGAGCUAUUCAGAUGUCCCUCACUUUGACGAAAUGAUGCUCAAGCAGGAAUUGCCGCAAUUGGAGGGAGUGGAUUUGAAAGAGAUGGCUCAGAAGUCUCCCAAGUACAGCUCCAAGUCCUUUCGAUUUCAAGACUUUGAUCUUUUCCACCCCGAUGCCAUGUCGCAACUACACGGCUUCCAGCAAGUGUUGGUCAAAGUGCCAAAGUCUCGCAUGGAUACUUGCCGCAAGCAGCUCCGCCAACGGAACGCUAGCAUUAGCACCGCCUUUCAAGCACUGGCUGUCAAGACGACAACGGUGAUUCUUGAUCGGCUCCACCUCAAUCAAGAAGGCUUGGACAUUUUGUCGUCCAUUGGCGUGGACAUUCGCCCCUUGGUCCCCUGGGGCGACGCCCGUGACAGUGCUCAGUUUCCCGUCAUUGGAAACUACACCAGUGCCUUUUUCAUCCCCGUGGCGCAUCAAAAAGCCUUGACGGAACCCUUGGAGCAGUUGGCACAAUCCAUCCAAGACCAAGUAACCCAGCUGCGGGAUGAUCCUCGUGUUCGAAUGGAAGUCUUGGCCUACUCGGAUGGCAACGCCAGUGUCCCGUUUUGGUGUGGCAUCUCGUCCAUCCUAACGCCCGACAGUGGUCGGGGUGGGCACAACAUGUUCGUCGAGUCGUACAUUGACUUUGGCCCCGCUCCUCACAUUUGGUUCUAUGUCGUCACGUGGGGAAACGAAACCAUCAUUACGGCCGAUAUCUAUCUUCCCAUUCCACAAGAAGGAAUGGGCGAUGCCCAGCUGAAGCAGGACAUUCGGAAGGCAGCCCAAGAUUCUGCAUUGGAAGACAUUCUCAGUGGCGGUCUUCUAGCUUGA